AUGGUGGCCAAAACUAACCCAGGAUCUGUUGCCAAGUUUACAUAUGGAAGAAAAUAUUUCAAGUUUGAGACUAUGACAAUAUCAUUUGCUGCACCAAUGAAAGCCUUUCACGAGUCUUGCAGAAGUGUUGUAGGGUUUGAUGCAUGCCAUCUUACUGGCAAGUGGGGUGGUGUCUUAAUGGCUGCAACAACACUUGAUGGUGAGAAUAGAUUAGUGCCUCUAGGUAUUGGAGUGGCUAGAAGUGAAACCAAAGAAAACUGGUUAAUAUUCCUCAAAGAUUUGGCACCAGGAAUCUUAGCUCAUCAUUCAGGAAAAGUCACUUUCAUAUCAGAUCAGCAGAAAGGUUUGUUGGAAGCAGUUGCAGAGGUGUUUCCUGGUAUGCCCCAUAGAUAUUGUUGGAGGCACAAUUACAAGAAUUUCAAGAAAACUUAUAAGUCCCCCACAUUGCACAGCUCAAUGUGGAAUGCUGCCAAAGCCUACAAGAUAAAGCAUUUUGAGGAACACAUGACUGCUAUGUACCAAGAAAAUGCUAAAGCUGCAGAGUAUUUUAUGAAACAAGGUCACCAGAAUUGGGCUAGGGCUUUUUUUGAUCCCAUUAGUUGUUGUGAGCAUCUCAAUAACAAUUUUUCUGAAUCUUUUAAUUCAAUGGCUACUGAACUGAGAGAUAAACCUAUAGUUAUUCUUGGCAUGUUGUAUGGUGAGUUGGUGAUGAAAAUGUUUACAAAGAGAAGGGAACAAUGUACAAAGUGGAAAUCUGGAGAUUUGGUUCCUAAAGCUAAGGACCUUAUCAAAAAAAUGCUUGCCAUUAGUGAAAAAUUUCAUGUUCAGGCUAGUGUGGUUGGGGAGGUUUAUUUGGUCACCAACAGGUCCACCAGAAAAAUAUUCACAGUGAAUCUUAUAGAGAAGAAUUGCACUUGUUUGCAGUGGCAGUUUAGGGGAUUCCGCUGUCAACAUGUUGUGUCUUCAUUGAAGACAAUCUCACCAAAUUGGGAUGAGUAUUGCUCUCCUUACUAUUCAGUGGAUUAUUAUAGGACCACAUGUGCUCCAAAUUUUUUCCAUUGGAAGACAUUUAUGACUAUCCAGAGGUACUAUUCUAUACUUUAUGGGUUGUUGUGCAUUUACUUUAAACUUUAA